CUCCUGGCCUGCCUCGAGAGCUCAGUCCGCCUGCGGUUUCUCUAGCUAAAAUGGCAUGUGGUUUGGCUUGGCCUGGCCUCGCCGCCCUUUUGUGGCCCUCUGAACACCUCUGAGAGGCUGUGACCCUGCGGGUUUUUUUUGUUUUUUUUUUUGCAGGUCAGGGUGUGUCUGCAGUGACAGGUUUUCUUUUCAUUGUGCGUGCUGAUAUGUGGUAGCUGGCACUGAAUUAUGUUCAUCAGUUAAUUACCUGUGGGGUCACAAGGUCCUGCUCUUCCUGGCUACUAAAAGCAGUUAUCAUCUCGUGUUUCAUACAGCCUUGUAGUUCUUGCUGAGGCCUGUGCCUUGGCAUAUCUAAGCUAGUUGAAGGCCAGCUGCUUGAAUGCUCCCACAGAACUUUGAUCUGGCACUGCCAGAUUGAACAAGUGAUGUAAAUUCACUUUGUUGCUCACUUAACCCAAGUUAGCUACCAUUAGAUAAAGCUUUUCCAGUGAAACUAUAAGGAAAAGUGGGAGACUUCCUCCAGGGAUCCUCCUUACUUUUGAACCUUUUUGUGUUAAAGCCAUGGAAACUGUGCACCUCAGACCAGAGACCCCCUGCACUUGUUCAGGGUGGGCAGCCCUGCUGUCAUGGAUGAUGGUCAGUGCUGGUGUAAGGCCCAGUAUGGUUCUAGAACUCUUUUCUCCUCUAGCAUUAGAUUGGGUGGUUUUGUAUAAUAAGACCUGCGGACGUAUACUUGAUGGCCAAUUGAAGUUCCUUCAGAGAAAGCUUAGAAGAAAAUCUGUGACAGAAUAAGCUACCCACUUCAAAACCCUUUUCUGAACUUCCGUUUUAUCAGUGGCUGGUUUAUGCCUUAAACUUGAAUGACUUGGGUGCCUCCUUAAAAUAUAUAUGAUUUAUCUAGGAAUUAAUAUUUCCAAAUUUCUGAAUUUAAAGAUAUGCCAGUAAAACAGCAUACUGGUAAUUUUGUGUUUCAGAAAAAAAAACUUAGAAAAAACAAUAUUUAAAACACAUUAAAACCACUGUUUUGACCAUCUAUUCUUAUCUUUAAUGGUCCUUUUUAUUUAGUAUAAUCAUCCUUUUGAAGAUGAUUUACUUAUUUCCAUGGAAACUCUCACUUAUGAUACACCUGAUGGACCAAAACAAUGGGGGGAAGUGUCAACUAAAAGCCUUAAAAAAUGGAGGAAAGAAGUACUUAAGCAUGCUAUCGGAGGUCAAAAGAAUGCAGAAAUACCAAAGCAACAGACCAGCAGUUUUGAAGAUGAGCAUUCAAAAGUGCAUCAGGUAUCUUCUGAGAACUCAGCUGUGGAUAUGUCUGACAUAGGUGAAGAAAGCGAUGCCGAUAUAGUUUCUGUUAGAAGAAAAUUUGAAGGCAUUCACUUCCAGAAUUUGAGCGUCGAUGAUGUGGAAAUGCAAGAGAAAGUAAAAGUUCAGGUGGAUGUGAUAGUACAAGAAGAUGCUAGAAAAAUUCCAAAGUGGAUUACGAUAACACCUCAAGAAUCAUCAAAAGGUUGUCACUUAGCUUCACCAGUGCAAGAACUGAUUGGCAACCAAGCCAAUGUUUGCAGAAGGAAACUGGGGUUUGCAAGUGAAUAUUCUUCAUCUAGAUCUCUCCAGUUACAUUUGCCUGGUGUUCCUGCUUCACUAGAUACAAUAACUGUACCCAGGCGUCAACCUCUUUCAGAAGUGAAUGAAACUUACUAUGAUAGUAUCUUGGAAGUAUACCAGUCUGCAGAUGAGGAAUGCUCCUGGAGCAAUGUAACACUUGGAGACUUGUAUCCAGGGAUGGUAGAGACGCUGACGAGGCUCAUGAGAAAACAUUUUCAGAGAAAAGUUUUUGACUCUGUAAUUGGGCGCUAUAGACGCAAAAGAUGGCGUUCUAGAAAACCAAAGUUCAAUGUCACUGUAGAGAAAUUAAAAGGGUUCAGACCACUUAAAUUGAAGCAAGCCGUACCAAGCAUAUGCAGUGGUAGUAGCAAACAUGUCCAGAACUUAUAUUUUGGAAAUAAUGCAAAUAAGAACAAUGUAUUCUGUGAUAACAAGUGUUCCUUUAAUAAUUUAAAUGGCCUGGUACAUCAUUCUCCCAGUGAUGCAAAUGAAAUGGAAAUGGAUUGCUCUGAUUCUAAUUUAGAACAUAAUUCAGUAUCUGGUAAAGGCCAAAAUGUCUGUGACCUGUCUGUUCUUCCUAAUGUUAUGGCUAGAAUGGGAGAGACCUUCCUAGUUGAAGAUCCUUUACAGACUACUGCCUUACUGAAGAAUUCAAAAUGUAAUGAAAGUGAAAAACUGGCUUACGAAUGUUCUCCAGAAUACCCUUCUAGAACAACUACUGUCAGUUCAGGGUCAGCAGCACUUCGUCUGGUAAAAGAGAGCAAAACUCACAAAAUUGACUUUCCUUUUGAUGAUACUUCAGGAGUGUGCUCGUCAGUUUGCAGUUUCAGUAGCAAUGGUAACAAUUUUACACCAGUUAUAAACAAAUCUCUUAGAAGGACAUCAAAUACAUUAUUCAGAAAUCCUGAAAUAAAGAUUCCUGAGAGGGGGAUUUCUCUGCAGCGCAGCCACUCAUUUUCCUCUUUGCCUGUGAGUCGGAGUCCUUCAAAGACUCACCAAAAAUACGAAGAUGCGUUUGAAGAGCUUUACCGCAAACUGUGUUCCAAAGAAAUUCAAAAGCCUUUGACAUUGACAAAACUGCCUUCAAACUCACAAAAGGUUAAGGAGAAGGGAGAAUUAAUGAAGAAUACUUUAAGUGAUGCUAUGAGGUCCAAUACACAGUAUGACAGAGCAUUGAGAAGGUUUAUCAGAAAUUGUGUGGCGAUAGUGUUCCAAAACUGCCUGGGCUUCAGAGAGCUUCAAACUUAAUGAAAUAUGAAGUAAUCCAGAUGUCUGAAACUGUAAAUGCUCUCGUUAACUCACCUGUUCGAACUUUAUCUGCAAUUCCUAGGGUUAAAAGACUAGCAAAUGUUCAAAGUGAUCUCCUUUCUUCACCGGUAAAGCGACUGAAAAAUAUACCUGAAUGUUGUUUUUCUCCGACAGUGUAUCAGCAGAUUUCUCACAGAAAAACUGUUAAUCUUCAGACAGUUGGCAUGUUUUUUUCAAGCACAUCCAGUGACAGUAGCACCAGCUUUUAUGACAGUCACAACUGUCAGAGUCAGGACUCUGGAUUUCAUGCUUCUCGUGCUUCUCAAGAUAACACCUUUCUUGUUAGUCCUCAAACCUCCCUGCAAGCAGAGUCUGGAAUUGCAGAUGUCCACUCUGAUAGGCCUAGAACACUGCAGAAUUACACGUUUCCCAGAAGUGUACAGAAAUGUCACCGAAGGGUAUCCAGAAAACUAAGCUACACUGAUGGGAAAGACCGAAACCCUAGCAUUCCCUUGGAGGACUUCCUAAUCAAAACUCACCAAGGAGCAUUCAUGGACUGCUACAGAGAAAAUGUUAUUUUAUAACUUUUUAAAAUCAAUUAAUUAUGAGUUGUAAUUUAAAUAUUUUAAUUAAGAGAUUGCAAUUCUUAGUAAGCAGGAACAUUAAUAUAAAAUUAGUCCUGAUUUAUACUUCCCUAUAAUAUAAAACAAGCUCUAGGAGCUACAUCCUCCCUUAUGAAAGGCACUUCUUACCCCUCUGGUUUCAUCAGGUAUUUGCAAGGAAUCAGGGUUCCUUUUUAUGGCUGAGUUUGAUUUCUGUAUUUAAUAAAAGAUUUUAUGAUCUGUUAUCUUUUUAUCUGCUGACAAGCUUUGAUAUUUAAUGUAGUGGUCAUAAGGUAUUAACAAGCUCUGUCUCUGCCUGAAUUCCUACCUGCUUUAUACAUGUGGCAUUACUAAAUGCAUGAAAAGCAUCUAAACUUGCCUGGAUGAUCCAAAUGCAGUAUUAUACACUAUGACUUGUAAUAUGCCUAGUGUAUAAUUUUAAUGUUUAAUUUUUGAAGUAGCUCACCAAAGUCAAUUGUUCAAUAAAAUUUUAUACACUAAUGGA